AUGUCCGCGCAUGCGAUGUUCUUGGCAGUCGCCAGAAUCCGGAUGGUGGUGUAUGGGAACAUGCAAGGCCUGAUCGCGAUUCGCAUCGUCCUCGUCUUAGCGCUUUUGGCGGCGUCUCCGCCGUUCUCCACUGCCGAUCUGAACACUCCCCUCACUCUGCGUGUCACCUGCGCGUCAGGACUGCCCGUCCUUCGGUCUCGAUACAUCUGGUGUGAAUGCAAUAAGGACUCACAGAUGCCCGCUCUUAAUGCUUUCACCGCCGAACGCAGUGGUCCUCACCACACGGCUGGCCUUUUGUGGCAACCCAUCCCAACGCCGCACCAGGGUUGUCGAAAGAAGCCUGUCCAAGGACGUUCGGCUGACGAAGUGUCCAUCUUGGCCUGCAAGCCAAACAGUUUUGUCUGCUUGGCAGGCGUGCCACUUACGUACCCUGUUAUCGCCCGUGGAAUGGAGGCAGGCUUCAGCGCGACCAUUAGGCUCACUUUCAAUAAUGUGCGCCAAGUUUUGUGGCUGCCGUGCUCGGCGUGGAGCUUCUUCAGCGCGAAGGUAGCGCAAGAAGGCUUCUCCAACGCCACAGAGCUUGACUGA